AUGCCAGCUAGACGUGAGGUGCAGUUGGAAAAAUGCAUAGAUGAUGCCACAAGAAAAAAUAACUUCCAGUUAUUAGAACAGUUUCUGCAAACAGAAGGAUGUGACAAUGUCUCUCAUAAGUGCAGCAAACAGUUUUUCAACAAAUUUGACAAACUUAUAUGCCGGGAACUUGACAAACAAGAAGUUAAGAAUGUUUCAACUUUGCUAAAUUCUCUUCAUAAAUAUGGUAAAAAUAUCAUCAUACCAGGUGGAGACGGUUUUCAAGCAAUGAUCAGAUAUGGUCUUGUUGAAAAGAUGGUUAGUUGGUUUGAAAAGGCAAAAGAAAUUCUGAUAUCUAGAGGAAAUGAAAAAAAUGAAGCACUUACAAGUCUAGUUGAAGAUUUCUUCGAUAUUUUGAUGCUUGUACAUGAUACCGACAGUGAAGGUAAAAUACAAACAUUAGAAAGCUUUAUACUGAGAAUAUGUACCCUUGUUGCCGAUGUAAGAAUCAAUGUUUAUAUUCAGCAAGAGGCUGUAAGAAAACUUAAUUCAAUGCUUGAUACCAUGCCUCGAGAAGCCAGAAAAAAAAUUAUUUCCACAAAGGAAAUGUUCCUUGUCAUGAAUGAUAUGGGAAAGAGAAUUUUAGAUGCUGGAGACUAUGACUUGCAAGUAGCCAUUACUGAGGCUUUAUGCAGAAUGACAUCAGAAAAACAAAGAGGAGAACUGGCACGCCAGUGGUUUUCUAUGGAGUUUGUGACCAAUGCAUUUAAAGGAAUUAAGGACUCUGAGUUUGAAACAGACUGCAGAAAAUUUCUUAACCAGGUGAAUGGAAUGCUUGGAGACAAAAGAAGAGUUUUUACAUAUCCUUGUUUGUCAGCAAUCCUUGAUCAAUAUGAGCUACAGAUACCUUUGGAUGAAAAUCUUGAAGAAUUUUGGAUUGAUUUUAAUGUUGGUAGCCGAAGUAUAUCCUUCUAUGUUGCAGCAGAUGAUGAAGAUCAUCAAUGGGAAACAGUCAGCAUACCUGAAGAAGAGGUAGAAAUGUACAGUAUUGAAGAAAAAGAGUCAAAGAAGUUACUAACAAUAAUUCUAAAAAAUCCAGUAACUGUGGGUAAUCAAGAAGGGGAGCAAAUGUUCCUAUAUUUUGAUCCUGUCUUGGAAAUCAUGGAAGUGGCCCGAAAGGUUUAUGGUGCAAAUAAAUGUAAGGGAUUUACCAAGAAGCAAGCCACAUCAGUUGCCAAAACAUCAGUUCAUAUAAUUUUUGAUGAAAGUGGAUCACAGAUUCUUGUACCAGAAAGUCAAUUGUCACCUUGCUUGAAAGAAAAAUCAAGAAUGGAAGGGAAAUCCAGUAAGUCUGUAAAACAACAACUUCCUGUACAACAAAGGAAUCAGAAUGAAAAAACUAACCAAGACAACUGCAAAAAUAUUCAAUCUAAGAUUACUACGCCUACUAAAAGGAAAGUGUCUGAAGCAUCAGUGAUUGUCCCAGGUACUGGUAGACUGCCUCUGAGGAGCCCAUUGGUAUUUGUCAAUACGUCAACUCCCCGAAAGGCCCGCUUUAAACUGCCUUUGCAAAUGAUGAGCUCUUCUGAAAAAAAUAACAUUACCAGAAUAACUGAGAGCGGAAUAAAGAAUUUAGAUCUAGAGCAUACAGGGCCACGUAUAUCUUCUAUAGCUGACUCUUUUAAAAGGCGUAAUGUUGCUGCAGAAAAAGUUAGAGAUGGCUCUGUACUGGACAAUGUAUUUUGUGAGACUCAGCAGAAUAUCAGCAAAACAAUCAGAAAUGAGGCAAAACUCCCUGAAAAGAUUUUGGGACAGCAUAUGUCAGCUGAAAAAGUUUUGGAAAUGAUACAAAAUGAGGCAGACAGUGAGACCAGCCAAAAACAAACACUACAUGAUCUAUUAGAUAUUGUUCCCGAUUCUCAGCCAGUAGGCAGAAAUGACAAACCUUUAUUGCCUGGUCUUUUGGAAAGUUCUGCUGAUGAAAAUAAAAUCUGGAAAAAACAUGCAUGCUCUGUACCUGAAAAGCUUAUAACAAAGUGUGACAAGCAGAAGAGAAGUACAUCAUCAGGACAUACAUUCCAACAAGUUCCUGUUCUCAGUGAAAGAGCUGCCAAACAAAAAGCUUUCUAUUCAAUAUUUGAAAGUACUUCUCCAAAACAACAAGUUCAGAGUAGAAAAAUAUCAAAGAAGCAACAAAAUGAAACCGAAAAACAAGAAGAAAACUGCAUAAGACACAGAGGACAAACAUCAAACAGUUCUAUCCAUUUAGAACAGAAAAUACUAACUACAGAGGCAAAAGAAGUUCCCACCACACCUGAAACAUCUUUUAAAUCAGUUCAUCCAACUAAAAUGACUGAAAAAUCUCUGGGAUAUUCAACGAAAUUAGUGUUGGCCAGAAAUUCUAAGGAGGAAGUUGAUGUUUCUUUUAGAAAAGGGACUACAAAUCAUAAAAAAUCUGAGAAGGUGAUAGAUUCUCAUUUUGGUUCCUCUGACUUAGCAAUAAAGGGAAUGAAAGCAAAAUCUAAAGAAAUGGCUGAAACAAUAGAAUCAAUAAUAAGUAAAAUCAGUGACAGAUAUAAACAAAAGGAUGAUAUCGAACAUGCAAGAAAAGCAAGAGAAUUUUUCUCUAAUAACAGAUCAUGUUUAAAUAAGUCUGGUUUCAAAGUCAGUAAGGAAAAAGUUCAGAAUAGAAGCUGUAGAAACGUAAAAACUACAGCUGUGCUUAAUAUGACUACAGGACAUAUUGUGGAUGAUGUCUACAAUUUUAACUUAAGUGGAUUUGAUGAACCUACGAUAAAGCUUGGAGUCCAAGAAUUACAUGUUACUAACCUGAAAGCUAGUACAAAACUGACAGAAAAAAUGAAUCCCGAUGAAAGCAAAAGUACGAUCCAGAAAAAAGUAGAUAAUAAAAAUAGAAUGAAUAAAAAUAAGAAGCAUCUCUUUAGUGACACUGACACAGAAUACAGAGGUGAUGACAGCAAGACAGAUAUCAGUUGGCUACAAGAGUCUAACCGAAAACCUAAACCCCAACUAGUAGAUUACAGCAGAACUAAAAAUCCGAAGAAAUCUAAAAGUAUAGAAGCAACAUAUACGUUCCGUGACUCUGCAUGUCUGAUGGAUAGAUCUGAAGGGAAAAAAACAAAAAAUAAAAAGGUACCCAUUAGUAAAAAACAAAAUACAAAAGCUGAUGAGAGACUAAAACAGACAACCAGACCAAAAUGGCCUCGAAGAGCAGCAUUAGCAAAAAAAAGUUAUAAGGAUUACUCAAAUUCAGAGUCAGAGAGUGAACAGGAAUCUUCACAGUGCUUACAUCGGAAAGAAAAAUUAAGAGUACAGCCUAAUCUAACUCCAGUAACUAUGGACAAAGCUGUCAUGAGUGGAAAAGACAUAAAGGUUACUGACCCUGAGGUGGAAAUAUGUGAUAUUAGUGAGGCAGUGAACGUUACAAAUUACCUUUCAGACAAAAUCUCCAUUAACGCAAAACUGAAAGAUCAUACUAAAAAUAUGCAAAAUAAAGGAGAGGAAUCUGUACCGCCAUCUCAAUUAUGCACUUCCAGUGGAAGCAGAGAACGGUCAUGGUGUGAAGAUCCCUGUGGCACCAUACAUGAAUCCGGGCCUUCAGUACAAGUGAAUCUCAAACGAAUGUACCACAGUGAUGCAGAAAGUGAUUCUGAUGAAGUGGAAAUGAGGAAGGAAGAAGAACAGAGAAAAACAAAGCUUCUCCCUAGAAAAUUAUUUAAAGCAGAUGAUGAUACUGUGUAUAAAGAUAAAUCCAUAAUGCAGUGUGCAAGGACUCAUUCCUUUUCCAGAAAAGGGAAGAAGUGGGCUGCAACAAACGAAAUAACUGUGUCCGAGAGCAUAUCUACUGUGUCUGUAAAUGAGCUGUCUAUUUUGGAUGGAGAGGUCUGGGACCCUAGUUGUUCAAGUAUAGGGAUAGGUCAGAAGCUUCAUAAGGAAUUUACUAGGAAAAUUCAGAGCCGCUCAAGAAGAAUGGAUCACUUUACCAAGCAAUCCUUGAAAACAGCUCAGCAGCAUUUGACAACAAUGAGUUGUCAGUUGCAUGAAUGCAGGAUCAAGCAGCUGGACAAAUUUCAUUUCACCAUCGUAGAGGAACUUGAGAAUUUUGAAAAAGAUUCCCAAUCUUUGAAAAACAUGGAGAAAGAAUUAUUGAACUUUUGGAAAAAACAUGCACUUACGUUUAAUGCAUGCAAGAAAAAUGAACAGCAGAGGAUUCAGAUUCUUAAAACUUCAUUUGAAAAGCACAUCUCCCACGGUGUUAACUAUGAGGAAAAUAUUUUUACUUCUGAGGUAUGA